GGCAGUCGUCACAUCAUUAAUUAAUAAGUCGUUCAUGACUCAUGAGCGGAAAUAUUUUGUUUUAGAUUUUUCAGUAAAAAUAAACUAUAAUAAAUAUUAAAUAAAAAUCUUUAAAUUAAUUCUUGGUGUUCGUUUUUUGUGAGUACUUCCAUUACACAACGAAAUAUAAUAUUUUAAUUUGUUAAGUGCGUCAACGCAUCAGUGUUUUGAUGGGCGCAGUGUAAGAAAAAAAAGAAUAUCGUUGUCUGCUAUGAGUGAUAGAAAGAAGGAUAGAAGCGUAUAAUCAAGAAUUACUGGACUGAUAUCAUUCAUGGGCGUCCGUGAAUAGCCCCUCCUUUUGUUUUACGCAUAAUAGAUUUAAAAUGGGAUCUGUUUGGAAAAGGCUUCAGCGAGUAAACAAACGAGCUGCAAAAUUUCAGUUUACUGUGUCUUACAAUGAACUUGCAGUUGAAACAACUACAAAAUGGCAACCCAAUAUGUUGUCAGUGACAUGGACCCGUCGUAACAGAAGACUUGUUACAGAACCUAGAAAAUGGGAUCCAACAAUGAAAAAUCCCAUGAAGGGGUUAGUUGUAUGGACGGUCCCAGAAAAUAAAGAAGCCUCAAUUACCCUAUUUGGGGACCCACGAUCCCAUGAUUUUGAAGACAAGAUGUGGACUUUUUUUCUUGAAGAUGUUUCCAGUACAGGAAAACGCCGUCAACUGGCCAGUGCUUGUUUGAACAUGAAGUUAUAUGCAAGCAUGGUACCAAGUCAACAGCCCGUGAAACUGAAAAUGACAAUCUCGUCAAAGAAGAUUGUUUCAGCAUCUCUUAAUUUGACUGUUUCCUGCGUUUUCGUCAGAGAAGGCAAAGCUACUGACGAAGACAUGCAAAGUUUGGCCAGUUUAAUGUCAGUAAAUACUACAGGGGACAUAGCUCCCUUAGAAGAUUUUGAGGAAGAAGAUUCUAUCGAACCCAACUCGGAAUUAUUGGACCUUACUUCACAAAUCAGUCAAUUUCUUAUGGAAACUGAAGAAGGCUACCAGGCGGUAACGGCAGAAAAACCCGUCCGUCCAAAACCCGAUGAAAUCAAUGAGCCAAAAGUGGAAGAAAAGCUCCCCGAACCAGCUCCGGCAAUUCAGGAGAAUUCUUUGCCGAGGCCUACAACGUUGGACCUGCAUACUCAUUCUGAACCAGUUCGGCAGCCUUCUACGGUUGACCAACCAAGUAAAGACCGUUUGAUAUUGGAUCGCGAAAUCGCAGAUCUGGCGGUCAAGGAUCAAACACCUGGAAUUCAAACACCAGUGGUUGUUCAAACUAAUCCCUCUGUGGCAAUAAAUCCCAGCAAAGAUCUGCUCGAGUGGUGUCAAGAAGUCACUCAAGGGUACAGUGGAGUGCGAAUCACGAAUAUGACGACUUCCUGGCGGAAUGGACUAGCGUUCUGCGCCAUAUUGCAUCGUUUUCGACCUGAUUUGAUAAAUUUUGAAUCCUUGAGCUCACAAGAUACUCGAGGCAAUUGUAAGUUAGCAUUCGAAACGGCUGAGAAACUCGGAAUUCCUCGAGUUAUAGAGCCAGCUGACAUGGUUUUAUUGAAUGUGCCUGAUAAAUUGGCAGUCAUGACAUAUCUGCAUCAGUUGCGAGCCCAUUUCACCGGACAGGAAAUGUCGGUUGCUCAGCUUGGAGGUGGCACGGAAGACUCUUCUUACACUUCGACGUCACAAAAUGUUUCGGAUAAUCAGUCGGAGCGGAGCGAGAUUACGCGUGAAAUUAUUAGCCAGGAGCUUAAAGCCGCCGAAGAAGAGGCCGGAAGGAGGCGAAGGCAAAGUAGCGGAAGUAGCACUGGAGUUGGCGCCGGUGUCAUUUUUCGUCGCGAACGAACCAGUCCCAUGGAAGAAAAUGUCACGGUUGGAUCUGGAACGGCCACUGCUGCUGCAGCCGUUCAAUUGGUCAAAGACAAAGCGAAAUCAAUCACUUCAGAAUUGAUCAAGUUUGGCAAAGUUUUGUCGCCUUCCAAAGAAAAAUCGCCUUCCGCCCCUCCAGAAUCUCCAAUCCGAACCGUCCCGGUGAGAAACGGACCUGCGUUGAUGACUAGACAACAAUUGACGGACCCAUUCGGAUCUGAAGAUGAAGAUGAAACUCCAACGAAAGUUCCCAGCGAAAGCCCAGAACGCCCGAGUCCCAAGGAAGAAUCUGCGGAAAAGAUCCGGCGCGAUAGUCAGGUCCCUUCGUUACUGGUUAUUGCUGGAGCAGUCGAGGAAGACCUAGAGGUGAUCAAAUCGAAUUCAAAUCCCCGAGAUUCCAAAACGGAUGACCUGAAGGAAAGGGCUCGCAAACUCUUGGAACAAACCAAACGAGAAGCGACGUCUUCUCCCCCGUCAUCGACGAAACCCUUAUCAAAACAAGGAUCCCAGGAAGAAGACGAACGUCAGCAGCAGUUGAGAGAGCGAGCUCGUAAGUUGAUUGCUGAAGCUCGCCAGGGUCUGUCCACACCUGCCUCCACACCGGUUGAGUCUGUCAACAACGGAACCAGCCGGAAGAGUUCCAGCAGCCGCAGUCAUAGUCACAGCCCGAGUCCCAGCCCGACGGAAUCAAUUCAAAAGUUUUUGAGCAGCGGCGGUAAUCGCCUGCAAACCUUUAAAGGAAUGGUUGACAAAGCUCAAGAUUCGUCCAUCCGUAAAUCCAAGACACCGGAUCGAGAAAAAACGCCGGGAUACAUCGGUAACGCCAGCGCCGUGGCCGAAGGCGCUCGACGUGACACGAGCAAUUACAUAGCCAACGAGCUGGAGACUCUGGAAAAGGAGCAGUUGAAGAUUGACCAGCAGGCGGCCAUUUUGGAGCGCAAACUACGCAAGUUGAUGGAGCCCGCCGGUUCUGGCGUCAGCGGCGUCGUCGGUGUGGGAAACCGCAACGAGACGGAGGAGCAGCUCAUGCAGCAAUGGUUUACCCUGGUGAACAAGAAGAACGCUCUCAUUCGCCGGCAAAUGCAACUGAACAUUCUGGAGAAGGAGGACGAUUUGGAGCGGCGGUUUGUUCUGCUGGACCAAGAACUGCGCGACAUUUUAGCCAUUGAAGAUUGGCAGAAGACGGAGGCGCAGAAGCUGCGCGAGAAACUUCUACUGGAGGAAUUGGUGGCCAUCGUCAACAAGCGCGACGAGCUCGUCCAUCACUUGGACAGUCAAGAAAAGGCGAUCGAAGAGGAUGAUCUGAUUCAGAGGGAAGUUCACAACGCCGAUUUGAGUAAUCACGACCGGGGUUGCAUCAUCCAAUGAUCCCGACCCAGGCAAAUUCGCAAGGAAAUUCUUUCUCUCUUUUUAUCGACCGCCUAUUUUCCUCCUCUAGCAGCGGGAAAAUGGAAAUUAUCAAACGGAACAAUAAUAAUUCAAUAAUAAUCAAUCAUUCAUGCCAUGAAUCGCUUUGGUAAGAAAACAAAUAAUAAUAAUACUAAGAGAAAAGAAAAUUAUUGUCUACCCCCUCCUAAUACUGACGCUAUAUUAUGAUGAGAAAAGAAUCGUAAUAGCUUUUGUUUCCUAAACUAUGUUAUACACCUGCUGGCAUAUUAUCCUCCCCACUUUCGCUACCCGCUCCCAGCCUCUUCAUCAUCCAUCCACGUAAGAAAAAAUCAUCUUCUUCUCUCAUUUGAAUACUCUUUUUAUGAACUGUGCUAGUUAUCCAGUAGCCCCUCUCC